UCAUCUGGGGGAAUUCGUGGCCGCCGCAAGUUUACUACGCGAGGCGCAGCCAAUGCCAAGCGCGGAGGAAGAGGAGCGAUAAACCUCGCGGCCGCGGCGCCGAACAAUAACUGCCGCGAGCGGGGCGGUGCGAGUAGGGCCGCGGGGGAGGGAGCGGCCGCCGAGCGCUCAGCGGAGAGGGCGGCCGGCCUGCGCCCGCCGACCCGGUGCCCCCGCCGCAGUCAGGUGGAGCCGCAGGAGCGCCGGGCCAGGGCGCCGAGCGCGGAACUUGCCUCUCUCCUCUCCUCGCCCGCGUUCCUUGCCUCCGUCAGGCACCGUGGCUUCGCACUGCUGUGAUUUCAUUUUCUGGGCGCCAAUUUGCGCGGUCGAGUCCCGGUAACCGCGGGGCUUGAGGGACUGAGUGUGUGCGUGCGCGCCCGAGUGCGCGCAGGGGUGGGGGCCGCGGCGCAGCCCGGGAGCUGCUCUCGCCCCCCGGCGUCCCCCAUCUCCGCUCGGCUUAGCUCCCCACACCUCCCUCCCUUCCUCUCUCUCCUGCUCCCUCCUCUUGCCCGCCCUCCCCUGUCCUGCCCGCCCGCCCCCGCCGCAGCUCCUUUAAUACACUUUGGUUCCCCGUCUGGCUUUGGACUCUUCUCCUCCACCUCCUCUUCCUCCCGCGCUUCUUCCGCCGCCUCCUCCUCCUCGUCUUCCUCUCUGCGCCUUCGCUCCGCGCCCGGUAGCCCAAGGCAGAUCCAGGCUGUGGCGGCGGCGGAGGCGGCGGGUGGUGGAGCGCGGUUCCCGAGGCUGAAGACGCCACUACCGCCGCCUGCGCUCGGAGCCGGGCUGCCGCCAGACGCACCGCGCAGGGAGCGGGAGCCUGGUCGGCGCAGAGGCGCGGGGCUUGCCGAGGCCGGCUGGGCGGCCGGGCGAGCUGGCCAUGCUCCUGGACGCGGGGCCGCAGUUCCCGGCCAUCGGGGUGGGCAGUUUCGCGCGCCACCAUCACCACUCGGCCGCAGCGGCAGCUGCAGCGGCCGCCGAGAUGCAGGACCGUGAGCUAAGCCUGGCGGCGGCGCAAAACGGCUUCGUGGACUCGGCGGCCGCGCACAUGGGCGCCUUCAAGCUCAACCCGGGCGCGCAUGAGCUGUCUCCAGGCCAGAGCUCGGCAUUCACGUCGCAGGGCCCCGGUGCCUACCCGAGCUCCGCUGCCGCCGCCGCUGCCGCCGCCGCGCUCGGGCCCCACGCUGCGCACGUCGGCUCUUACUCCGGACCACCCUUCAACUCCACCCGGGACUUCCUGUUCCGCAGCCGCGGCUUCGGGGACUCUGCGCCAGGCGGCGGGCAGCAUGGGCUGUUCGGGCCCGGAGCCGGCGGCCUUCACCACGCGCACUCGGACGCGCAGGGCCAUCUCCUCUUCCCCGGCCUCCCGGAGCAGCACGGGCCGCACAGCUCGCAGAAUGUGCUCAACGGGCAGAUGCGCCUCGGACUGCCCGGAGAAGUGUUCGGGCGCUCGGAGCAGUACCGCCAGGUGGCCAGCCCGCGGACCGACCCCUACUCGGCGGCUCAGCUCCACAACCAGUACGGCCCCAUGAAUAUGAACAUGGGUAUGAACAUGGCAGCGGCCGCGGCCCACCACCACCACCAUCACCAUCACCCUGGUGCCUUUUUCCGCUAUAUGCGGCAGCAGUGCAUCAAGCAGGAACUCAUCUGCAAGUGGAUCGACCCCGAGCAGCUGAGCAACCCCAAGAAGAGCUGCAACAAAACUUUCAGCACCAUGCACGAGCUGGUCACCCACGUCUCGGUGGAGCACGUUGGCGGCCCGGAGCAGAGCAAUCACGUCUGCUUCUGGGAAGAGUGUCCGCGCGAGGGCAAGCCCUUCAAGGCCAAAUACAAACUGGUCAACCACAUCCGCGUGCACACAGGCGAGAAGCCUUUUCCCUGUCCCUUUCCGGGCUGCGGCAAGGUCUUCGCGCGCUCCGAGAACCUCAAGAUCCACAAAAGGACCCACACAGGGGAAAAGCCCUUCCAGUGUGAGUUCGAGGGCUGCGACCGGCGCUUUGCCAACAGCAGUGACAGGAAGAAGCACAUGCAUGUUCACACUUCCGAUAAGCCCUAUCUCUGCAAGAUGUGUGACAAGUCCUACACGCACCCCAGCUCUCUUCGGAAGCAUAUGAAGGUCCAUGAGUCCUCCCCUCAGGGCUCUGAGUCCUCCCCAGCCGCAAGCUCCGGCUACGAGUCAUCCACGCCCCCGGGGCUGGUGUCCCCCAGCGCCGAGCCCCAGAGCAGCUCCAACCUGUCCCCGGCGGCGGCGGCGGCGGCGGCGGCAGCGGCGGCAGCGGCCGCAGUGUCGGUGGUGCACCGGAGCGGAGGCUCGGGAAGCGGCGGCGCGGGAGGCGGCUCCGGCGGCAGUAGCGGCAACGGCGGGGGCGGCGGCGGGGCGGGCGGCGGGGGCGGCGGCAGCUCUGGAGGGGGCAGCGGGACAGCCGGAGGCCACAGUGGCCUCUCCUCCAACUUCAAUGAAUGGUACGUGUGAGGGGCCGGGCCUCUUAACCCUUUCCCUUUCCCCAGUCCUCCCCGCGGCGAGUGCCAAGGGGACCUAGUGUUAGUGUUACAAUUAUGAAGCUGAUUUUUAUGAUGAAAAUGAUUUUACCAGCAGAGGAUUUUUAAGAGUUGUUUGUUGUUUUUUUUUUUAAGAAAAUAAUCUAGGCAUGAGAAAGCAAAAGUAUCUCUUCUGGAGUCUCUGAAACUGAAAAUAUAAGAAAUAAAAAAAAUAAAAAUAAAACCCAUAAAAAUAUCAAACCAAACCUUCCUGCCCUCACCCCCGUGCCCACUUUCCUUACUGCCCUGAUCCUAGUCUUCUAACAAACUGUACAUAGCGGACUCCUCCUUCCUUCUCUGAGGUGGUUUUAAUGGAUUCUUGGUGUAUAGAAGUUUGUCCAUUUGUAAAACUCCGGAUUGCGUUCCUCUUCGCCUUCCUUCCCUUCUCUUCCCCCAAGUGAUGGACUUUUUCUUUUCUCUUUUUAGUUUACCCGGUUUCUUUUUAAGUAAUGUGGAAGAAAUGGUUUACUUUGUAUUGUGGUGUUGAAUAUUGUAUUCCUUUUUAUGAAGCAACUUGAUUGUAAACUUCUUGUAACUAUAGACUGGGAAAAACGAACCGUGCCAAAGUCGCCCUUCUGUUUCUUCAACACAUGGAUCCACAGCACAUACAUACACACCUCCACCACCAGUGCUUGUGAAUGUAUUUUUUCUGUUAGCUGGGUUUACAUGUGAUGUUUUAGUGCUUUUGCAAGUUCAAUUUGUUAGUUCCUGUAUGAAAGAUUGUGGGGGGUGGGGGGAAAUAAACGUUGUGCCGUUAGCUUUUUCAGUAAUAACACCCUUCCUUCUGUAAAUACCCGUUACCAUAUUUAUCCAUUUGUAAUUAAAUUAUGGUAUUAACUUGCUACAGAGGAAACAAUAUUUAUAAAGAAUGUUUCUUAACUAUAAAUAUGUACAAUUGUGGGCAUAAACUGUUCAGAUUUUUUUAUUUGAAGGUUUUAAGUGGUUUGAUCAUUUCUUGUGAUAUGUUUUGAGAGUAA